GAAAUUCCAAAAAAGAUUCGUAUUUUUUCGUUAGUCAAGCUUUGAAUAACUCUAAAAUAUUACUCAUAACGAUUUUUUUCUUUUUUUUUUUGGCUACAUAUUUUAUACAAUUUUAAAAACGAUUUAUGCUCAUUUAUUGUAUUCAAAUCAUAUUUGAGCUUUAUAUGAACAUUUAAAACAGUUUUAAGAGUAAAUAAAUAAGACUCAGUUGCCCAGUAGCCGACUUUUCGAUAAUAAGUAAGGUUAAUUAAUUUGUAUUUACCAAUAAACUGGAGUUAACAAUUAAAACACACUCGCAUUGAGUUUAACAACAAUGCCUAAAAAGGCGCCGCCGUCAAAUAGACUUUAACAAUACAAACAAACAGCGGCAAACCCAAUGACUUACAUUCGUGAAGAGCGUCGGAGAAAGUGAAAUUUUGCAUUUUAAGGCAGUGUGAGUGGAAUCUGUAAGCAAACAUUACAUGUCGGUAAAGAAACUAAUGAUGUGUCGUCAUGUCUGCAUAUGGCUCAUAUGUCUGGGCCUUUUCCCCGGGUUAUGCAAGCCGGACGGCAGUGAAACUAUGCAAAAAUACGCAAAUGAAUCGCUGACGGACGGCUGCAGUUGGUCACAAUUUCUCGAAGAUUAUGUGCUAAGCCAGAGCAGCAGCCAGCGCAUGUCGAAGGAUCUGGCUUAUAUGGGCGGCGAGAUGAGCGGACCCAUUAAUUAUCAUUCCUCGGCAUAUAAGCGACCGGGCAACAACAUUUAUAUUACUCGCCGCAUUGGCGAGGCCGUGGAGUUAGAGCCGCAUCUGCGGGCGCCGGUAGAAAGCCAAGGCCCGAUUGUCAAUCCACAGUUUCGGCCCAUGACAAACCAAAUGUUGCACCAGCAGCAGCAACAACAACUACAGCAGCAGCAGCAACAACAGCGCCAGCAACCCGGUUUCUUGCAACAGCUCUUUGGUUUCGGUAACUCUGAGCCAUCGCCGCCUCAGUCGCACCUGCGGCCGGUGCCGCUGCAGCAGCCACCGCCGCCCCAUUCGCAACAGCAGCAGCAUUUGGCGGCACAUGGCAAUCCGCCCAACACAUUCCGAGCCGUCUCUGAAAAUGAUUUGUAUUUGCUGGGCGCCAUCGAGAAGCUGGUCUAUCGUGUUGAUUAUUUGGAAAGUCGCGUACGGCGAACAGAACAAUUGGUCUAUUAUUUAAUGGCUGGCAAUAAUCAAAAGGAAGUUCGUGAUCCCUGUCCAACGAAUUUUACGCGGAUCAGCGAUAAUUGCUAUUAUAUUAAUAGCCAUCAGCAGGUGAACUGGAAGACGGCAAACACAGCUUGCAAGGGACUCUCAGCGCACCUGGCCGAAUUCGAGAAGGUGUCAGAGAACGAAGAGAUCAUGGCCUAUUUACUUAAUCAGCCAACACAUCGAGGCCGUGACUAUUGGCUAGGUGGUCUCAAUCCGGGUCUUUUGUGGAUUUGGUCCAAUUCCGCCAAGCCCGUCAAUCCGAAUACCAACCUCACCUCAAUUGCAAUGUCACAGAAGGCGGAAAAUUCAACAACCUCUAAUCUGGUUGACAGCAGCAGCGAGGAAACCAAAGGUGACAGCGAUAUACUCAACAAUACAGUCCAAAUAGAGGGCAAGGGGCGCUGCUUGCGCCUCAGCUACAACGCGGGCAAACACAGCUAUGCCUACUAUGGACAAGAGUGCACAUCCAGGCAUUACUACAUCUGCGAGUACGAAGACAAGACGCUAGACAAUAAAAUACAGAAGAUAGCGCGCGAUCUGAAGCUCUUUGACUAAAUCUAAAUUGAAUCAAUAACUUGCAAUCGCAAUACAGUCUGAGAAUAAUGUUCAAUAACCCCUCUUUGAGUUCUUCUCAAUUUCAAUGAUGUAUUACUAUUUAAAGCCUUAAUCCGAAUAGAGACUCUGAACAGGCUUGCGUAGCUAUAGUUUAACAUAAGCCAUCGACAAUUGUAAAUUUUGAAUGAAUUUCUUAAUUUAACAAAACAUA